CAUCGUCUGCUAAUAUUUUCUUAUUUGUCCACAGAAUUCUUUUAAGCUGUGGUUGAAACUGUGUAAACUCCAGGAAAUGAACAAUGAUUUGCUCACUAAAAAAUCAUGUGACUUCAUAAACUAAGCGCAUGUAACGGUCAAUUCUGUGUGAGCCACUUUUCUCAGCCUGAACACAGAAUGAUCUGAAUGAAGAAAGGAUGAACAAACAACUCUGUGCGAUCAUCUUCCUCUUGUAUGAAGUCUCUGAGACAGUGUAUGGAAACAUCAGACAGCCUGAUACAGUUUUAUCAUUUCAGGAAGGAGAUACAGCAUUUUUGCACUGCUUUAUCACAGAUUCACAAAUGAGCAUGACACUGUGGUACAAACAAGUCACUGGAGAAGAGCCACGUCUCAUUGCUUCCUCUAUUUACCGUUCAUCAGAAAUCACAUUUCACAAUGAAUUUGACAGCAGUCAUUUUGAAGUGUUGAGAGACACUGGUGGUUUUAAUCUGAAGAUUGCAAAUGCUGUACAGUCAGAUUCAGGAACAUAUUAUUGUGCUACAUCUUUCUCUAAUGUCAUUAAAUUUGGAAACGGCACUCGUCUGGUUAUAAACGGAACAAAAAUCAGCAAACCCACUAAUCUACAGUUGCGUGAGCUUGAACAAGCUGAGUCGGAGGUAAAAAAGCCUCUUCACUGUUCAGUCCAAAAUCAGCUAGUGAGAAAUAACCAUCGUUUCCUCUGGUUCAGUGAUGGGUCAGAAGAAUCUCCUCCGGGAUUUAUUCAUAUUCAUGGAAACUCAAGUAAAUCAUGUGACGGGAGUUCUGAAUCUGACUGUCAUUCACCGACCUGCAUCUACAAUCUCCCAAUGAAAAGAUCAAGGUCAUCCGACAUGGGAAUGUAUUAUUGUGCAGUGGCCAGAUGUGGACAGGCUUUAUUUGGAAAUGUUUCUAAACUCAGUGCAGAUGCUGUUGGAAGCCCAAAAAUAUUGUUCAUUCAAAUUGGCCUCGCUGUGUUACUGGCAAUAAGUCUUGCAAUCAAUAUUCUGCUUUGCUGUCUGAGGAAAAAUGGUAGAAAAUCUCAAAUACAGACUACUGAUGAAGAUGAUGAUAAUGAUUUGUCCAUAAAUCAGUUUAGUGAAGUGACCUACGCUACUGUAAAAACCUCCAGCAAAUACUCAAGAGUAAAGAGAGAGAGCAAACAAGAGGACACGCUGUAUUCUGGUUUAGCAUGUCAACAACACAGCUAAAAAUUUGUUUUAUUACCAUAUUUGAGGACACAUACAAUUAGUUCUCUAAUCAGUUCCAAUUAUGGCCUGUUCUUACACAUCUGGCACAAGUAAAGCAAUAUAAAAAAGCUGAAAUAUUUAGCAAUCAUAUGUUAUUGUCCAAUAGAAAUCAUUUUUCCUGGUUGUACAUAUGUUUGUAAUGUACAGUAUGUGGAUGAGGUGAUAUUUAUGUGCCUUUGUAAUUUUAUUAUUGUAAUUUUUAUUCAUUCAUUCAUUUUCUUUUCGGUUUGUUCCUUUAUUUAUCAGGGGUCACCAUAAUGGAAUGAACUGCCAACUUAUUGAGCAUAUGUUUUACACAGCCGAUGCCCUUCCAGUCGCAACCCAACACUGGGAAACACCCAUACACUCUUGCAUUCACACACAUACGCUACAGCCAAUUUAGCUUAUUCAAUUCACCUAUAGCGCAUGUCUUUGGACAGUGGGGGAAACCGGAGCACAGGGAGGAAAUCCACGCCAACAUGGGGAGAACAUGCAAGCUCCACACAGAAAUGCCAACUGACCCAGCUGAGGAUUGAAUCAGUGACCUUCUUGCUGUGAGGCGAUCGUGCUACCCACUGCGCCACCGUGAUUCUUAUAAGUGUAAUUUUGUAAUUGUAAUUCAACAUGACUUUUUGUGAAUGCCUGUCAAAUCGAACUAUGAGUAAAAUUAAUGUAAAAACAUUGGCUGUAAAUGAAAUGACCAACAUACCUUUCACCUUACAAUGAAAAGUUUCCUGUGCCACACUAAUAAGUGCUUUUCUCAG